GUUGGAGCCGCUCCCACGUCGCCGCUGCGGCAUCAUCGAUUGUAUCUCUGCCUCGGAGGGCUUCUCAUAUAUACCGGCAUAGUCCGUGCGAGAUCUUGCGAGCGCUGCUGCACCACAGCGCGAGAUAACCCGCCUCUACAGCACACCUGCAGCCAGCGGUACAUUGCUGGAGUAAUAAUCGAUCACAAAACUACCGGACGCCAUGCAGCCCGCUGCGGCCGCACUCCUCGCAUUAAUACCACUCCGCCUCCUGAACGCCUGGCUGGCGGGCGUCGCGGACUGCGACGAAACUUACAACUACUGGGAGGCCGUCUGUUUGCUCGCCGCGCCGCACCCUUUUCGGAGACCGCUGCAGACCUGGGAGUACGCCCCGGAGUUCGCGCUGCGGAGCUGGGCUUAUGUGUUGCCCUACGCGGCGAUCUCGCGGAUCGUAGACAACUCGUUCCUCGCCGUCCGCUUGUGUGCUGUCGCGCUGCCGUUCGCGCUCGCCGAGGCGUCGCUCGUCAAGGGUAUGGAAAAGCGGUUCGGGCCGGACGCUGGUUGGAUACUGCUCGGCCUCCUCGCGAGCUCGGCGGGCCACGCCGCGGCCGCGCCGGCGCUCGUGCCCUCGGCCACGAUUUGUGCUCUCGCCGCGUGGUCGCAAGGUAGGUGGUUGAAAGGAGACCGCCGCGGCGCCGUGUUCCUGGCCGUGCUCGCGACGCUCUGGCCCGGCUGGCCCUUCGUGGCUGUGCUGUUCAUUCCCUUGGCGGUCGACGUUUUGCUGAAGGACGGCCUGCGCGAAGCGCUACGGCUAGGCGUCGCGAGCGGCUUGUUUGUUCUGAUACCCUGCGCGGCCUUCGACGCCAAGGCCUACAGCCGCGCCACGAGCCCGCUCUGGAACGUUAUCACGUAUAAUGCAGUGGGCGGCGGCGACGAAUUGUACGGCGUCGCCCCCUGGACCUACUACGCGAAGAACCUCGGCUUGAAUGCGGGCAUCGCGCUCGUACUAGUAUUAGUGAUGCCCAUCACGCUCCUCCUCCGCCAUUUACUAGCGCGCGACCCGCGGCGGCCGGCAUCCACGGUAUUGACGCACGCGGCGCCGUUCGUAUUGUGGGUCGGCAUUUUACUCCUGCGGCCCCACAAGGAGGAGCGCUUCCUCUUCCCCGCGUUUCCGUCUCUGUAUAUCGGCGCGGCGGCGUCGUUGGAUGCGGGUGCUUCUGCACUGGGCGCGCUCGGCGCCAAAUUCGUGGCACCGCGGACGACGCGGCGUUUCCUCACAUUCGCGGCGCUCGGCGCGGCAGCUUUGCUAGGCGUCUCCCGAAUUGCGGCCCUCGCCGUCUACUACGACCACGGGCAGAUGACGGCGUGGCGCGCGGCCGCGGCGACGGCGGCGAAGCUUGGUCCUGGGGUCACGGUCUGCGCCGGUUCCGAGUGGCACCGCUUCCCGGGCACGCUGCUCCUGCCCUCAAAUGCGCGUUUGAGUUUCGUGCGCUCCGCGUUUGACGGCCAGCUGCCCCGGCCCUACGCGUACGACGCGGAUCCAAUGGAGACGGCGGCCCGGGAUGUGAAGGGCUUCAACGGUCAUAAUGGAGGCGAGGCCAACGUUUAUGUAGAUGCGGCGGCCUGCGACGUGGCCGUCGACCUGCGCCUCGACGAGGGCGACCCGCCGUUGUGGGUAAACGACACACGGACGUGGACGCAGGUGCACGCGUCGCCGUUCCUCGAUUCAAGUAGGACGCCGGCGCUCGCGCGCGCGUUCCUCGUGCCGGGCUACUCGCUGCAGCGUGCCAAAUUCGGGGAGUACGUCGUGCACAUCCCGGCCGAGCACUUCGUGCGGAUUUACUAACUAUUUUUAUGCUUGAUAUGUUCCGCCACAGUGUAAUAAAA